ACAGAUUUCUCCACUCCAUUAUACCUUCGAGUAUAUAAAACAGCUGCAAUAUUCCAGGGCCAGACACUCGCCCUUUCUAACAGCAUCGGAGACAAAGAACUGACUGAAACGUUUGAGAUAUAUAGGAAACAUCAAAAGGUGAUAAAAUUUCCCUAGAAUCUCCACUAUCUCAAAGAUGAAGAAAGUUCUCCUUCUGAUCACAGCCAUCCUGGCAGUGGCUGUUGGUUUCCCAGUCUCUCAAGACCAGGAACGAGAAAAAAGAAGUGUCAGUGACAGCGAUGAAUUUUUUUCAGGGUUUCUUGCGUUCCCUUACCCAUAUCCAUUUCGCCCAUUUCCACCAAUUCCAUAUCCAAGAUUUCCAAGGUUUGGACGUAAUUUUCCUGUUCCAAUACCUGAAUCUGUCCCUACAACUCCCCUUCCAGUGAAAAGUAAACAAGAAUGAGAAUUCACAAUUGAAGAUGAAAUAUGUGGUCACCUAAAAUUAAAUGUGAGCCACUUCUUUGAAGAAUCAAAAUUCCUGUUAAUGAAAGAAUAACAAAUGUAAUUGAAAUAGCACACAGCAUUCUCUAUUCAAUAUCUUUAGUGAUCUUCUUUAAUAAACAUGAAAGCAAAG